UUUUGGCGGGAAAGAGAGGAGUGAAGUUGUGUAAUUUGUUUUAUUUGUCUAUUUAGUUUUCUUUAGAUUGAAAUGUGUAAUAACUUUGGUUUAUUAGCUGUUUAGUAUUUGUGAAAGUGCACAGAUGUGGGAAAAUGGAAAAAAAGCCGCUGGACGUAACUUUUCGGGAUCCUCCAAAAAGUCUACUGAGAAAGUCUCACUCAAUGACCACAAUUUUAUUAUUUUUCGAUUAUAUUUCAUUCCAUAUCAUCUCAUUUUAUUUCAUUUUAUUUCAUUUCAUGCCAUGUUCCAUAAUAUUAAUCAACCUCAUUUCAUUUCACGGCAUAUUAAAUUAUCAUUUGCAGAGUUAAUGACUACAUUAGUUAAAUUACUUUCUCAACCUAAUUUAUCUAUACCGUCCCACGCCACUAAUUUAACUCAUACUUAAACUGAUAUUAAUAAUGUUUGACAGUUUCCUUCGUCUUUUAUUGUUCAUAAACUGUAAAUAGGUAAUUAAAACGGCGAAACAAACCUUAUUACUUGACAUUGGCAAAUGCACAAACUGUAUGAGACAAUAAAAAAAACUAUUAUACUAAUCUGUGAUAGGGAUGUCCGAAAUGCGAACAUAUCGAUCGAUAUAUCGAAAUAUCGAUAUAUAUCGUAACGGUAUUUUUUGAAAAUAUCAAUAUCGAUAUUGAGAUAAUCAUUAAAAAAUAUCGAUAUAUCGGUAUGAUUUGACAGAGAAUAUUCGUGUUAAUCAAUAGACAUCAUUUUUAAUGACAUUUUAUGAAACUUUAUGAAAUUUGAUAGAAUUUCAAUAGUAUAAUUUCAUAUAAUUUUGUGAAAUUUCAGAAGUUUCGUGAAAUUUCACGAAGUUUCAUCAAAUUCCAUGAAAUUUCAGAAAAAAAAAUUCCCGGGAACAUGUUUGUUGGUCUGAAAAAAAUAUCGAUUUUCAUACCUUUUCGAUACUUGGAAUUUUAUAUCGAUACAUCGAUGUAUCGAAGUAUAAAAUAUCGCUCAUAAAUAUCGAUAUUGAAAAAAUAAUAUCGAUAUUUUUUCAACAAGCCUAAUCUGUGACUUGUGUCAGCCUGUCAGCACUUAUCAAUAAUUUUACAAUUUAAUCAAGAGUUCAUAACUUCGUUGGUAGAUAGAAACCAAACUUUAUUUUUUAAACACCGGCAAUGUCAAUUGGAAGCAUCUAUGAAAAAGCUUACAAAGGAGACUUUAAUCAAGUCAAAGUAAAAAUUGAUGAGGAUGUUUCUUUAUUGAAUAUUUCUGAUUCUAACAAUCGCUUAUUGAUUCACUGGGCAGCUUUGGGAGGAAAUAAACAUUUAGUAGAUUUUUUAUUGGAAUCUGGAUCUUGUCUUGACCCAGUAGAUGAUACAGACUCUACACCAUUAAUUCUAGCAGCUUCAGCUGGUCGUUUAGAUGUAGUUAAAUUGUUAAUAAGUAAAGGAUCUAAUGUUAAUCACAAAACCAACCGAGGACAAACAUCCCUCCAUUAUGCUUGCUCGAAGGGACACAAAGAGGUGGUCAACUUGCUCUUGGAUGCUGAUGCACAUAUAAAUAGUGCAGACAUACUUGGUGCAACACCACUUCACAGAGCUGCUGCCCAGGGAAGGAACAAUAUUCUUGAAGUUCUGUUAUCUUCACCUAAUAUCAAACUCGACCUACAAGAUUCAACUGGGUCAACACCAUUGCAUCUUGCAUGUGAAGAAGACAGAGAAGCCGCAGCCACUAUGCUAGUCGAAAGUGGGGCUGAUCUGAAUAUAGAAAAUAAGGAAAAGAAGACUCCACUAGAUUUGUGUUCUGUCAAACUUAAGACGAAUCUAUCUAAAAUAAAAAAAUAAAGUGUGUGUCAAUAAAAA